AUGGCCAAGCACCCUAGGAACUUCAGCUUUACAGCAGCAAAAGUGCACGUGGACCAGUACCACUUCUACUUCGACAUCAGCGCUAUGGAGAAGGGCGAGCAGAUGCUGAAAGCCGAGUUCAGGGUGUUCAAGCUGAAGAGGACACAUGUGUCUCGAUGGUCUGACGUGAAACACUUUUGCAAAGUUUCCAAGUGGGUUGGAAACAGCAGCUCCAACCACGGCUUUUUGAUAACUACAACACAUGUAUUCAGCAAUAGAAUUGAGCACAACCUGGUUAAGUUUGCUAAGAGCCAGGGCGCUUUGCAGGAGAGUAGAAAUGCUCUCCUUGUCCUCUUCACCAACAGUAACAAACGGAGGUCUUCCAGCUUUGUACCCUCUUCCACAAAACCAGAGAUGAACCCUGCCAAAAAUGAUGCUUCACGUAUGCCUCGUGAAAUUCGGAUCAUGGAAAGCAGCAAUGCAAGCAUGAGCAGGAGACCUCGAGCUGCUGCAAACCCUUCUGCCAAAAGCCAGGUCGGCAGCAGACACCUCGGCGGUGCGUGGCGGUGCCCGGCGGGGGAGCUGGUGCCGCUCCCCGGCCCGCACCGCGCUGCGAGCCGUGGCCUGGCCCUGACAGAUGUUCGCUCUCCUUCCCUCCACCAGCUCGAGGCACUGGAAGCCGUUUUUGCUCAAACCCACUACCCCGAUGUGUUCACUAGGGAAGAGCUGGCUAUGAAAAUCAACCUCACGGAAGCCAGGGUGCAGGUGUGGUUCCAAAACCGAAGAGCUAAAUGGAGGAAAACAGAGAGAGGUUCUUCUGACCAAGAGGGCUCUAAGGAAACAAUGGCUGAGGUGGCACCUCCUGCGAGGAAUUUAAAUUCCCCUUCUCCAGCAGAUCAAACCAGGAAUAAAAAAGAGAGUCUGGAGAUCCAGCAGAGCCUGAGUCGAGCAGUGGGUCCUACAGGACCUUUCUUCCCUUCCUGCCUGCCGGGGACUCUUCUCAACACAGCCACCUACGCACAAGCUUUAUCCCAUGUCGCUUCUCUAAAAGGGAGCCCCCUGUGCUCGUGCUGUGUUCCAGACCCCAUGGGCCUCUCCUUCCUGCCCACCUACGGCUGCCAAAGCAACCGCACCGCCAGCGUGGCUGCACUGCGCAUGAAGGCCCGGGAGCACUCGGAGGCUGUGCUCCAGUCUGCCAACCUCCUGCCUGCCGCCAGCAGCAGCCCCACUCCUCCUGCCAAACCCGGCCCUGAGGGCAGCCAGGACAAGCAGCCCUCUCCAGCCAAGGAGCACAUGGAAGGAGAGAAGAGUGUAUGA